UCCCGACAGCGUGUGGGGCUCAAUCUCAACCGUGGCACCUUGGAUUUGUUUGAGGUGUUGAUAAAUGACGCGGUUGAUGGCAUUGUGCCGGCGCUGGGUCCAGGGGUUGCGGGCGCGGCAAAGCUCGUCGUGAGGGUUAGGGGGUUAUAGAGGUUGCAUUUUUCGUUGUUUAAUUUAUUGGGUUGUCGUGUGUGAGCCUUGGGGCGAUGUAGCUGAGCACGAGAAUAAAAACGAUUGGCUCACAUCGUCACUUUCCAGAGCAAAAAGAGAGAGAACGAGCUACGAAAUCAGAAGGAUUCACGAUACAUCUGUGCAAUAGAAGACAAAUAAGCUUCAAUUACCUUGAUUCUACGACAAACAGUUCUCCCUCUGUCGGGCGUCCCCAGUUCCAUCUUCCAAACCCACGAAACGUAGUUUUCAGCACAAAGGCAAAUAUUCGUCAUACGUAUGCUAGAAGACGACAAACGUAGCCGGCGACGCGCUCAAUUCGCCCGUUUCUUCAAAGACUGUCAACAAAAUUCAAAAUACAGCACGUUCACUCGAGCCCCGGAGAAGAGGGAACAUGGCACAACAGUGCGUGCUUCUGUCCCCCUUCCUCUCUAUCAACUAACUGUGGCUCUGUAUGACUUUGGCCACCAGAGAAAUGUUUGCAGCGUCUAUGAAAUUUGUGAUAACUUUGACAUAUCAUCAGAGGAGGGAUCACACAUUGCUGGAUGUCCAUAGACAACUUAGAUACUCCAUAACAUAGAAAGUUCCAGGUCACUUCGUACUAAUAGUAGCUUACAUGUUCGUAGAACU